GAAAUGGGGAGAGGAAAGUGGGAUUUUGGACUUUAGAAAGAGGAGUGGUAAGAGAAUUGAGUGCAUACGGUGAACCGAAAAACUCGACUUCGACAAAAGAACUCAAAAAUGUCUUGUGGCCUGGAAAUUCUUUUACGCGACCCAAGGGUCGGUCGAUCCUUACAACCGAAUAUCUCCGAGUCGGGAUUCCUUGGAAACCCGGAUACAUAGAAUUCGUUGAUGCGGAAUAUUAUCCAGGGACGAAGCGUGUAAACGCAACUGGAUUUUGCAUAGGUAUCUUCUUAGCUGCAUUGAAGGUGCUGCCUUUCUCUAUCGACUACGAUUAUUAUAUCUACAACGAUAGCUUAUUUAGUAACUGGAGUUACGAUUCCAUGCUUCAGAAGAUACCUCAGGUAAUUUGGUUUUGGAUUCAUUUUUUUCUCGACUUACGUUUUACUUAAGCAUCUCUUUCAUUCGGUUUGAAUUUUUUUCUCCUUUCGUGUAGGAAUAUGACAUGGUAGUGGCGGAUAUGACAAUUUGGGCUCCAAGAGCAGAAUACGUCGAUUUUGCGUUACCGUACUCCGAAUCGGGAGUCGUUCUUGUUGUGAAAAACAAGAAACCGUUCAGCAUGUGGACUUUCAUUACGCCCUUCUCGUGGGAUCUAUGGGUGGCCAUUAUCGGGGCAUGCGUUUUACUGAGAUUCGCUCUUUACGCGUCGGAACUCCAAAUAGCCGACACUAGUGAAGAACUAGCCGUUGGGCCACGCGUCGAAACACCUGGAAUGAAUCAUUUCUAUCCGAUUGAAUUUCUUGUUUUCCCGGAAAGUAAAAUUUUCUUGCUAUUUCUUACUUUUUUAUAUAAGAAAUUGCGUUUUUUUUUUCUUUUUUUUUUAACUUUCGUUUCCGAUUGUCGUUCGACAUGCAGGAAAUAGGGUAUCGAAUAACUGGUCGGUUUUCAUACUUGUUUGUUGGGGCUGUAUGGCAUUUAUACUGAUGCAGAGCUUCACUGCCAACUUAUCGGCCAUUCUAACUGUCGAUCAGUUGCAUUUCGAUUUUUCGGACGAUUACUACGUCGGUUAUCACACGGGUUCGUUCAUGAAAAAGUUUUUGAUGGAGCAGCUACGUAUUAGUGAAUCGAAGCUGAGGCCCUACAAGUCAAAUGAAGAAUUCAACGACGCUAUGUCUAAAGGAAGCAAAAACGGAGGCAUCGACGCCAUAUUCGACGAGAUUCCUUACAUGAAACUCUUUCUCAACCGUUAUAAAUCCCGGUACAAAAUUGUCGGACCCACUUACAGGACAGGCGGCAUGGGCUUUGCUUUUCCAAUUGGCUCUCCGUUAGUUUCACACUUCUCAAAGGCUAUCUUGAAUGUUACGCAAGGCCCGAAUAUGAAUAGCCUAGAGCUCGAAAGUUUCGGGCCGGGAUAUUCUUCGCAAGAUCCAUUAUCCUCCGUAAUCUCUCAAGGGGCAUCGGGCCUUACUUUUCAUGAAUUUGGAGGCCUCUUCAUUAUUACAGGUACACUUAUCGCAGUUGCUCUGAUCUACUCGAAGCGAGCCGCAUUUUGGCCUCCAAAUGUUUGUCCGUUGUGGGGCCCACCUUCUAAUGGAGACUCGACGCAUGCACUCGUCGUUGAAGACGAUGCCGCGGAUAUACCAAAUAAUACCAUAGAGCCCGUUCGACACGAUCAUCGUGUAGAAUUAAGUGAUCUGCGCGACAUCUCUGUAAGAGGUGUUUAUUUAUAUGAUUGAGUCCGUUGCGGUUUAUUUUUCCGUGACGAGCAAAUGAGCAAUGUAUAUAUAUAAUUGGAUUGGAUUGGUUUUCUAUUGGUUAAUUAAUUCGUUAGAGAGAAGCGAUUGGAGAUUUUAUCCAUUAUUAUUGCUCGAGUUUUAGGACCCCGUAUAUUCCUCCGGCGGAGGCUGGUGCACGUGUCACUGAAGUCGGAGAAGAUGCUGGGAAUAUUCCUCCUUUACAUGCUCGACUUAUCGGAGAGUCGGCAUAAAUCAAGAUUACUGCUGCUGCUGCUCAAAGUCAUGGA